AUGCCGGCAGAUGGGGAUGGAGAGAGCCUAAUGCCGGAUGGCCAAACCCACAUGGAGGCUCAGUAUGCAGAGGAGAGCCCAGGACCCAAGAACUUCCAAGCAAAGCUGAGAGACCCACUGCGGAGGCCCGAAGCCCAGCAGCACCCCACCUCUCUGGCAGGGUGCCCGGGUGCGGGACAGCGCUGCUGUGCGGGGCUGGGAGUGCUGGCACUGCUGGCUGGUGUGAGCAUCAGCUCCUGGCUUCUCGUGCUCUAUCUGCAGCCGGCGACCUCCCAGCCCACUCCCGGGACCCUGCAGGAUGAGGAGAUCCCUUUGAGCUGCUCCGAGGCCGGCGGUGUGGAAGCCCUGCUCCCCACGCUGCCCAGAACAGUAUCUUUCAGAAUAAUCACGGAGGACUUCCUGCUGGAAGCACAGGUGAGAGCGCGGCCAGACUGGCUCCUGGUCUGCCACGAGGGCUGGAGCCCUGCCCUGGGGGUGCGGAUCUGCCAGAGCCUGGGGCAUCUCAGACUCACUCACCUCAAGGGAGUGAACCUGUCUGACAUCAAGCUCAACAGCUCCCAGCGGUUUGCUCAGCUCCCUCCCAGACUGGAGGGCUUCCUGGAGGAAGUGUGGCAGUCCAGGAACAGCUGUGCUUCCGGCCAAAUCGUUUCCCUCAGAUGCUCUGCGUGUGGGGCGAGGCCCCUGGCCUCCCGGAUAGUUGGCGGGCAGGCCGUGGCUCCUGGGCGCUGGCCCUGGCAGGCCAGUGUGGCCCUGGGCUCCCGGCACACGUGCGGGGCCUCCGUGGUGGCGCCCCACUGGGUGGUGACGGCCGCUCACUGCGUGCACAGUUCUAGGGUACCCCGCCUGUCCAGCUGGCGGGUCCAUGUGGGGCUGGUCAGCCACAGUGCCAUCAGGCCUCACCAGGGGGCUGUGGUGGAGAGGAUCGUCCCCCACCCUCUCUACAGCAGCCAGACUCACGACUAUGACAUCGCCCUCCUGCGGCUCUGGACGCCACUCAACUUCUCAGACACCGUGGGUGCUGUGUGCCUGCCAGCUGAGAAACAAGAUUUUCCAAGGGGAUCACAGUGCUGGGUGUCUGGCUGGGGCCAUACCAACCCCAGCCACACCCACAGCUCAGAUACACUCCAGGACACGGUGGUGCCCCUGCUCAGCACCGAGCUCUGCAACAGCUCCUGCAUGUAUAGUGGGGCGCUCACCCCCCGCAUGCUGUGUGCUGGCUACGUGGAUGGGAGGGCUGAUGCGUGCCAGGGUGAUAGCGGGGGGCCCCUGGUGUGCCUGGACAGGGACACCUGGCACUUGGUGGGGGUGGUCAGCUGGGGCCGUGGCUGUGCGGAGCCCAAUCACCCGGGCGUCUACGCCAAGGUUGCUGAGUUCCUGGACUGGAUCCAUGACAUUGUGAGGUUUCCCCAGGUCUCACUGAUUUCUGCUCCCCAGAGCAGAUAUGGGGCUCAGCGAGCACCAUUGGGGGAGGCGAAGGGGGGUGCCGUCGUCCCCCUAGGAGGCCGGUAG